GGAAGUGAAGCGGGAAAGCGAAAGGUCAGUGUGAAGCCGGCAGUUGGACCGUCGUGUACCACAACAAUAAGCUUAGAAUAUGCCAGCAUCAGAAACUUCUGAUAAGAAAUGGUGGUCUGUCAAGGCAGAAGAUCUGAUAGACAAAGACAAACGCUACAAGAAAGAGGAUAUCCAAGCAUUGAGAACGUGGCUAGAAAAGCAACCACAUCUGCCUACUAUAUCAGACGAACAGUUGCUGGUAUUCCUCGCUGCUUGCAAUUUCUCUAUAGAAGCGAGUAAGAAAACAAUCGAUAUGAAUUACACACUGAGAACCAAGAAUCCGAGGAUGUGGAAGGAAAGGGACAUAGACCAUCCUAGUUUGGACACCAUCAGAGAUACUAUACAAUUCGGCGUACUACCUCAGAGGAAGGGACACCCAGCAAUAUUCGUGUACAGGGUAUUACCGAUGGAAGCGUCCUUGUACGAUGUAGAACUGGUCCUUAGAAUUGGGUACAUGGUACAGGACCUCAGCCAAUUACUCGCAGGACCUAAUCCAGAUGGAUACAUAUUUAUCAUUGAUAUGGCCAAUGUCACCUUAGGACAUAUCUUACGUAACCCAUUGACUCUGUAUGCCACAGCUCUUAAAUAUGCUCAGGAAGCUUCAUGCUGCACCAUUCGAGGUUUCCAUUUCAUGAACAGCGGACCGAUAUUGGAAACAUUUCUUAACAUGUUAAGACCGUUUAUAAACGCUGAAGUAUGGAAACUGAUUGUGGCACACGACAAAACAAAGGGGCUCGAAAAACAUUUCGACCCUGAAGACUUUCCAAGUGAUUAUCAUGGAAAAGGUCCUUCGAUAGAAGAAUUAUGUAAGAAGUAUUACAACAUGAUAAGGGAAUAUAAGCCAUGGUUCGCCUAUGAGGAAACACUGAGGGUGGACGAGGAGAAGAGACCGCCCGAUAGUAAAGCAGCCGAUGAGUUACAAGGAUCAUUUAGGAAAUUAGAAUUUGACUAACCCUAUCUACCUAUAUAUACAUAUGUUAUAAACAUUUAUAUGAAAAUAUAUAUAUACAAAGUAAAUAUAACUUAAAUAAACAUUGAAGGAUAAAAAUUAAGAAUAUUGUCAUGGUAAAUGUAGUAAAGAAAUAAAAUUAUUUUCAUUAUAAAUA